ACUCAGGAGACACGGACUGGGCACGGCCCAUGGACGAGCGGCCCGUGUUGGCCCUGCCAGCGGCUGGGCGGGCCGUGGCCUGGGUGGUGGGCCAGAGGCGGCCAGACUGGGGCUGGGCCACAGACACUGCCCACACUGUGCUGGCCCUCAGGUUGGCGAACGCUACCUGGUUCAAUCCUAGCAACCUGGAAGCUCAGCUAGUCACCAAGCAACUGGAACUGGAACUAGUGCUGAGACUCUGGAAGCAUCGGGAGCUGCCUCUCACCACGGGUCAUCUAGCUGUCAAUGUGAUGGCACUGGUGGCACUGUGUCGGGACCCCAGAGCAUUCUACUCUAAAGACCUCGUCGCCAUGUUGGGCCACCAGGAGGGGGAGGUGGACUUCGAGGUGGCCUUCGCUCAACUGGCCACCUGCACGGCUGGCCACCAUGUCCGCAAGUCCAGAGUGAGACGCCUGGUGGACAUGACCACAGAUCAGAGCAAGAUUCACUCUAUAGACACACUGUCGGUGGUGAUCUUGGCGCUGCACUGCGCCCAGCACCAGCGUCACCGUGAUCUACUUCUCGUCAUUCAACAAGCUUUACACAACCUCUUGAAGCACCAGGCUCCUGACGGCUCCUUCAACGCCAAUCUCCACUCCACCGCACUCGCACUCCAGGCAAUGAUGUCCAGUCAGUUGGCUGGAUCAUGGAACGCGACGCGGGCACAAGAGUACGUCUUGUCUCAUCAGCGUCCUGACGGCUCCUUCGGCGGCCUCUUUGACACCAACGCCGUCCUGCCGCUGCUGGGAGGACGCACCCUGCUGGACGUGGCACUCAGGAAGUGCCCGAGGGUCGCUCAUGAUACCAUCGAUGACCAGGAUGCUCCAGUGGACGAGUUUGACCUGCCUGACCACCCUGCCCCAGUGCCCACUGACCUGCCUCAGCGACCUGACAUCUCCAACACCACAAUGGUGAAGCUCACAUACAUCAUAUGGAAGGGAAACAACGCUUCUUCCAACUACAAUCUAACUUUCACUGUUCCUGUCAACACCACCUUCCUCACCGUCAUGAAGAUGGCAGCUGAACAAGACGACCGCUUUGUGUUUUCUGCCUCACAUUGGGGUCACGGUCUCUACAUCCACACGCUGGCGGGAGCGCAAGAGCAGAAGUUAGGUUACUGGUUCUGGCUUCUCUUCCGCAUGAAGGAGCCACCAGUACCAGGGACCAAACCUGAUAACAAGUUCAUCGUGGGCACAGGUGUGCAAGAGACUAUCGUGGGUGAUGGAGACUAUAUGCUCUUCUGGUACCAUCAGAUCUAAGAAACUAUCGUUGGUGAUGGAGACUACUCUCUUAGUACCAUCACAUCUAAGAGACUAUCGUUGGUGAUGGAGACUACUCUCCUGGUACCAUCACAUCUAAGAGACUAUCGUUGGUGAUGGAGACUACUCUCCUGGUACCAUCACAUCUAAGAGACUAUCGUGGGUGAUAGAGACUAUUCUCCUGGUACCAUCACAUCUAAGAGACUAUCGUGGGUGAUGGAGACUACUCUCCUGGUACCAUCACAUCUAAGAGACUAUCGUGGGUGAUGGAGACUACUCUCCUGGUACCAUCACAUCUAAGAGACUAUCGUGGGUGAUGGAAACUACUCUCCUGUUACCAUCACACAUAGUUACAGCCAGCCUUCACUAACACCCUCACUCUCCUCACUAAACUCAGUGGCCUCUCAUCACUUUCUCUGGCCUCCAAGAUUUGGCCUCAUCCCUCGUGUUGUGAGGCUUCCUUUAGCUUCUUCAGUCGUCAGUUUGACACACAGCUUCGCCCGAAGUCUCUUCCAAGCUGGUCAUAGAUCUUCCACACUUCUCUUUGUCCCCAAGGAAACAUAAAAUCUCUUUAAGUACGUCAAAAAAUAAAUCUUCAGAACGAAUAACUGAUAAAAAAAAAAUGCCUCGCCACGAUGUCUACUUAGCCUCCCAAAAAAGCAUUGGGAGUCUAUUUUAGUCAAAAUCGCAAAUAUAGUUCAUUUCGUAGCUUAUGAAACAUUUGCCCAAGUGUACGUUUAGCAUCUAAGAUAUUUCUUUGACCUCGUAAGGCAUGUGUUUGUCGUGCAAGAGAACCAGGAUUACUGGUCGAGCCAGGAUGACUACCUGAGCCAAGAUAACUGGCUGAGCCAUGAUGACUAGCUAAGUCAAGAUGACUUGCUGAGCUAAGAUGAAUGGCUCAGGAUGCACAUUGUCAAAUGAGUGUGCGAUACCGAGGUCUCCUUCAUUGCAUCUUAUUGAACGUUGAAACGUGGCUUCCAUCCUCUUCCUCCAGUAAUGCCUCAAACAUCAUCACACCUCCUCCAACACUAUCACAUUUGUCCUACAGAACGCCAACAAUAACAAUGACGCGUUGGCGAGUGUAAACAGUCACCUCUAUAUAUUAGCGUCUUAGAAAAAAUUUAAUUUCCUGUGUGUUCAUAUGUGAAGACUUUUUUUAUGGAAUUAUUCAACUCUCUCUCUCUCUCUCUCUCUCUCUCUCUCUCUCUCUCUCUCUCUCUCUCUCUCUCCACACAGUUCUACAAGGGAAACAGGUAGUGCAUAAGUGGGACCAUCUUAACUGUCUUCCCCUGGCCGACGCAGUGUUAAACUAACUCAACCGCAAAUCACUAUAUAUACAUACAUACACUGAAGCACCUUGUGAGAGGUUCAUUAUAGUUUCUUUGAUAAGGGUGAACUUUAAAGGGGUACAAGACAGUAGGAAGCGAGAAAAACUCUCACUUUAAGACAAAAAUCAAAACAAAGAUUCUCUUGUAAGUCCUCUGCCUGAGCAUUUGUCACAAGACAUUUUCUGUUUUAGUCGAAGCCAUGUUUGUACCACUAAUGGUACUCAGCCUCAAUGAUAUUUUUGUAUCAGUGUCAGAGAACAAUAAUGAUGAUAUAAAUAAUUUUUAAUAUAUCAUUACUACCGAAAUUAAAGCAUUGUGAUGUAUAGUGUAUUUAAUCUGUUUCUGAGAGCUUUGCACACACACACACACACACACACACACACACACACACACACACACACACACACACAUACACGUGACCAGCGGGGUCCCACAGGGGUCAGUCCUAGGACCAGUGCUGUUUCUGGUAUUUGUAAACGACAUGACGGAAGGAAUAGACUCCGAGGUGUCCCUGUUUGCAGAUGACGUGAAGUUGAUGAGAAGAAUUCACUCGAUCGAAGACCAGGCAGAACUACAAAGGGAUCUGGACAGGCUGCAGACCUGGUCCAGCAAUUGGCUCCUGAAGUUCAACCCCACCAAGUGCAAAGUCAUGAAGAUUGGGGAAGGGCAAAGAAGACCGCAGACGGAAUACAGUCUAGGGGGCCUGAGACUACAAACCUCACUCAAGGAAAAAGAUCUUGGGGUGAGUAUAACACCAGGCACAUCUGAAGCGCACAUCAACCAAAUAACUGCUGCAGCAUAUGGGCGCCUGGCAAACCUCAGAACAGCAUUCCGACAUCUUAAUAAGGAAUCGUUCAGGACCCUGUACACCGUGUACGUUAGGCCCAUAUUGGAGUAUGCGGCACCAGUUUGGAACCCACACCUAGCCAAGCACGUAAAGAAACUAGAGAAAGCGCAAAGGUUUGCAACAAGACUAGUCCCAGAGCUAAGAGGAAUGUCCUACGAGGAGAGGUUAAGGGAAAUCAACCUGACGACACUGGAGGACAGGAGAGAUAGGGAUGACAUGAUAACGAGAUACAAAAUACUGAGAGGAAUUGACAAGGUGGACAAAGACAGGAUGUUCCAGAGAUGGGACACAGCAACAAGGGGACACAGUUCGAAGUUGAAGACACAGAUGAAUCACAGGGAUGUUAGGAAGUAUUUCUUCAGCCACAGAGUAGUCAGGAAGUGGAAUAGUUUGGGAAGCGACGUAGUGAAGGCAGGAUCCAUACAUAACUUUAAGCAGAGGUAUGAUAAAGCUCACGGUUCAGGGAGAGUGACCUAGUAGCGACCAUUGAAGAGGCGGGGCCAGGAGUUUGGACUCGACCCCUGCAACCUCAAUUAGGUGAGUACACACACACACACACACACACACACACACACACACACACACACACACACAGUAUAGGAGGUGGGGGGAAGGUGUAAUAUAACCAUCAGUCUGCUGUGUCUUAAUGCCUUAAAGUUAGCCUCCUUGUCUAUUUAUACAAGCAAAAACAUUAGUGUUAAGUUCCCUAGGCAAGCUUUGGGUGGUGUCUGCCCUUUGCUCUCUCUCUCUCUCUCUCUCUCUCUUUCUCUGUCUAUGUAUCUAUCUAUGUAUCUGUCUAUCUCGUUCAGCUUCUGGCCUCUGCUCUCCCCACAUGUAUAAUACAUUAAUUAUGUAUAUACUGUAGACUAAGAAAGUGUGGCACUCAGUGUUGUGUUAAGCUUUUGGAUGAUGAUGAUGAUGAUGAUAGUGAUGAUGACAAUAAUGAUGAUAGCGAUGGUGAUGAUAGUGAUGAUGAUGAUAGCGAUGAAUGUGGCAAAGAACGAUGUAGCUAUGAAAUUUGAUUCCAAAAUGGAGCAUAACCAGUUGUAUAUAAGACGGCCCUUGUCCAGUGUGUCUAAGGGGUUAUCCUCCUCUUCCUCGGAUCAAUUCUAAUUACCUCCCAAACUCACAGGUUGUGACCCGUACGGUUCUUACGCUUCCCCACGAGUGUAAGUGUCACAUUAUGAUGACCAGUCUCGUAGUGUCUUGGAAGGUGAUAAGUAAUCUCUUAUAUCACUAAAAUAAUGUUCCAUACUUUAUUGUGAGGAAAGUUAACAUCAUUAUGAGUUAUAAUGAGUAACAAUGACAGUCUAGGAUGAUUUGUUGUGAUGUUGAAAAUGUCUUUAACAUUAUAUGUUAAUGUAAAGAAAAUAAUGAUUUUGUAAUUAUGAAAGUUGAUGAAUUAUCAUCUGAUGUUAAUAAUGUAUAUUGAUGAAUAUUCGUAAUGACGUUAAUGAUGUAUAUUGAUGAAUAUUCGUAAUGACUUAAUAAUGUAUAUUGGUGAUAUUCGUAAUGACGUUAAUAAUGUAUAUUGGUGAAUAUUCGUAAUGACGUUAAUAAUGUAUAUUGAUGAAUAUUCGUAAUGACGUUAAUAAUGUAUAUUGAUGAAUAUUCGUAAUGACGUUAAUAAUGUAUAUUGAUGAAUAUUCGUAAUGACGUUAAUAAUGUAUAUUGAUGAAUAUUCGUAAUGACGUUAAUAAUGUAUAUUGAUGAAUACUCGCAUGAUGAUACUGGAGAUUUUUUAAUAUUGUAAUAAUUGUUAAUAUGGUGAUAAUAUUCAGCUAAAAUAUGAGUUAUUAUGGAAGGUUACUUAGCCAUGAUCGUAUACAAUAAAGUAUAGAUACUCUCAGACCUCACUUCUGCUCUACUAAUGCUUCUGUCUUCUUUCAUUUUAUUACUACCAUUUGGAAUUAAUGUCUUUAUUAUAGUUUACUCCCUUGUUUAAUAAUUUUAUUAUAGUUUACUACCUUACUAUCAUUAUGGUGGUGAUAUUUUAUGUGACACGAGAGACGGGAUAAAAUAUGCUGACGUUGGUGCCAGUUAUGAUGACUCACUCUGGAUGUUUUGGUCACUGACUGACACCUUCCUGACACUGGUGUCAGUUAUAAGGCUUUAUGGUAGGCUUUACACCCCACGAAACAAAGACAAUGUUGACUUAUAUCAUUACACCAUAUAUUUCAUAACACCACUGUAACCAGUCCGUCAAACGGAGAGGGUUCGAACUUACCACAAGCCAGUUUUAAAACUAUCCGGACAGUGCUUGCCUUGGGCUACAAUCCUUCCGUCGGUAUUGCUACAAUUUCGCGAACCAUUGUAACUAUACAGCUGAGCCCAUGUAUGGGGCAGCAUUUAUGUCAGUAAAAGUGUCUUAGUCGAAGUGAAGCUAUUUUUCCCUUCCUCGGAUCAAAAUUGAUUACCACCCUUUUACAAUUUACUGUGUGGCCCAUUCGAGUUUAACUCUUCCUAUUAAUUAUAAUACAUCAUAGAUAUUGCUAUUUUUCCUUCAGUUUUUAGCUGCGUUAUUAUAAUAAUUAUGUUGCUAGAGUUAAUUAAAAUAUUUUUUCCUUUAUACAUAUUCUUGACUCACAUUCUUGUGUUUCUUCUUCUUUCAUGUUGAGGUGUUGGAAGUGUUCGUUAUAUUACAUAAGAGCAAGAAAUCAAACUUUUCUCGUGUUACACGUGAAGAUGCUUCAAUAGCUUACGGGUGAUUUACAUAUUUGAUUUACAUCUAUAAACAAUUGACUCAUAAAGUGAGCAUCAUGGAGUCAGGUGUGUGUGGGCAGGAUGUAAAUAAAAUUAAAAGUUUCA